GCCUGAAACAUGGCGGAUCUUGGCGAGAAUGUGAACAAGUCUUCGCAUUUUCACAUUAAGUAACGACUGUAAUAUGCCAAGAAAACAUUUAAGACUACUUGUAUAUAGCAGUGAAAACUUGUAGAUAAUGUCUGUUCAUCAACAACAGAAGUCAGUGGUAAACUCAACCGCGGUUUUUCCGAACGAAAGGUCGCCAUCGAUUUCGGAUUCUUCAGACGAGGAAGAUGAUGAUUUGGACGACGAAAGCGCCGAACAUUCAGCGAUGGAGUACAUUCUUAGAGCCAAAAGGAGUGAACUCACUUCAAAGCUCAUGCUUUCUGGUUCUGAUGGUCUGAGUAAUGACUUAAGGAAGAUGGACCCAGAGACUCAGGCACGUCUAGAGACGCUUUUGGAAGCUGCAGGUGUUGGUAAAUUGGCAGAUGGAAAAGCAUUUACUGAUCCUGAAGUACUUCGCCGAUUAACUUCAUCUGUUAGCUGCGCACUUGAUGAGGCUGCAGCUGCUUUGACCCGAAUGAGAAGCCAAAAUAAUGGGUUGCCAUCAUCGGCUGGACAAACAACUGCUGAUUCAGGAGCUCGGAGUCUUGCAGAAGCUUGCCUUGAAGGGGAUGUCAGUGCUGUGCGCAAACUGCUGGAAGAAGGAUGGAGUGUACAUGAACCAACUGAUGAAGGAGAGAGUCUACUCUCUUUAGCUUGCUCAGCAGGUUAUUAUGAACUUGCCCAAGUACUGCUUGCAAUGAAUGCAAGUGUCGAUGAUCGUGGGAGCAAAGGAGAUUGUACCCCUUUGAUGGAAGCUUCUAGUGGUGGUUAUAUAGACAUUGUAAGACUGUUACUUGAGCACACUGCUGAUGUUAAUUCACAAUCACAAGCUGGUAAUACUGCACUCAUCUAUGCCUGCUGUGGUGGCUAUGAAGAUGUGGUAGAAGUGUUACUAAAUCAUGGUGCUGAUAUUGAAGCCCACAAUGAGAAUGGUCACACCCCCCUGAUGGAAGCAGCAAGUGGUGGACAUGUCAGUGUUGCAAAGAUGUUAUUGGAGAGAGGUGCCUGUAUUAACUCGCAUUCAAAUGAGUUCAAGGAGAGUGCAUUGACACUGGCGUGCUAUAAAGGUCACCUUGAAAUGGUCAAGUUUUUGCUUGAUGCUGGAGCUGAUCAAGAGCACAAGACAGAUGAAAUGCACACUGCGCUGAUGGAAGCUUCCAUGGAUGGACAUGUGGAAGUGGCCAGACUUCUCCUAGAUCAUGGAGCACAGGUUAACAUGCCAGCUGAUAGUUUUGAGUCACCUUUGACAUUGGCAGCUUGUGGUGGACAUGUGGAACUGGCUGACUUGCUUAUUAAGAGAGGAGCAUUCCUAGAAGAAGUCAAUGAUGAAGGGUAUACCCCUCUUAUGGAAGCUUCACGGGAAGGACAUCUUGAUAUGGUUGCACUGCUACUCGAGCAUGGAGCUGAUAUUCAUGCACAAACAGAGGAAACUCAAGAGACAGCCUUGAGUUUGGCUUGUUGUGGUGGUUUUCAAGAUGUAGCUGCAUUUCUUCUUCAAGCUGGUGCUACUAUUGAACAGGGCUCGUCAACUCCCCUCAUGGAAGCUGCUCAGGAAGGACAUGUUGAUCUGGUUAAAUUCUUGCUAGAACAAGGGGCUAAUGUUAAUGCAACAACUGCAACUGGUGAUACCCCACUGUCAUUUUCAUGUGAGAAUGGCCACACAGAUGUCGCUGAUGUUCUACUAUCUGCUGGAGCUGAACUGGAGCAUGAGUCUGAAGCUGGCCGCACACCUCUCAUGAAAGCUGCAAGAGCUGGACAUCUUUGUACUGUGCAGUUUCUCAUCAGUAGAGGAGCUGAUGUCAACCGACAGACCACUGUGAAUGAUCACACUGUUCUUUCUCUUGCUUGUGCUGGUGGGCACUUGGCAGUGGUAGAGUUGCUUUUAGCACAUGGUGCUGACCCUUUGCAUAAGUUAAAGGAUAAUUCCAACAUUUUGAUAGAGGCAGCCAAAGGAGGCCAUGCAGCAGUAAUAUGCUUCCUCUUGGAGAACCCCAUUGUUUCCAACCCUCCAGAACUACCACUUCAUUCAAUGCCUGCUACUCUUCCCACUCCAACUGUGCCACCACCCAGAGUGCCUCCUGUUCAUGCUACUCAACCUCCAGUAAUGGAACAUCCUGAUCUGCCUGAUAUGACCGCAGAGGUAUUGAUGGAAAACCAGCAGCUUUUAAACCAGCUGUCAAACACCCCUUUGUCACCCCAUUCACCUCUUCUGUUGAACACCCCUGCCAACUUUGUUGUGCCAGAAAUGCCAACUACGUCUUGCUCCACUUCUUCCACCAUGUCAUCUGUAAGCCAGUCAAUGUCUGACAUGUCAACAAACAUGACUUCAACUGCUGUGCAGACUGAUAACAAGGUUGUCAUUUGUGAGAAGCUGCAGCUUAUUCAAGGGAAGUUAGCCAAAGCCUUGAAGAGUGCCAACCUCUCACUGGAGAAUAUACCUCCUGAGCUUCUCCAGAGUGUCAAUGAUGAAGUAUCAGCACUGAAUCUUGAGGGAGAGGAAAUUGCCUUGCCUCCAUCACCCUUCUCUGUGGGUACUGUUACUGGUGGGAUUACUGAUGAUCAAGAUGGCAUUGAAGGUUUAAUGGUUGCAGAACCUGCUCAGACUCUUCAUGAGACCAUUGGAGACAUGCUAUCUGAAGAUUCAAGCAAUAACAGUGGUCCACCUACUCCUCCAGACCUUAGUACAUCAUCAGUACCGCUAACACCCACCCCAUCUCCUGCUUCGCCUCAGUUUCCUCCUAUGAUUGAUGUGGAUCAGCAAACAGACAGUAACUCAGACACUGCACUCACUUUGGCAGCUGCUGGAGGUCAUGAUGAAUUGGUGACUCUUCUCCUUGUUAAAGGCUCUGAUAUUGAGCACAGAGACAAGAAAGGUUGUACUCCUUUAAUUUUGGCUGCCACAGCUGGCCAUGCCUCAACUGUUGAGAUCUUGUUAGAUAAUGGAGCAGAUAUUGAAGCCCAGUCAGAUCGAACUAAAGACACUGCACUUUCCUUAGCAUGCUCUGGUGGCAGGCAAGAGGUGGUGGAGCUACUAAUUGCCAAAGGGGCCAACUUUGAACACCGUAAUGUCUCAGAUUACACUCCGCUCAGUCUAGCAGCAUCAGGAGGAUAUGUUGGUAUCAUUAAACUCUUACUGAGCCAUGGAGCUGAGAUCAAUUCUCGCACUGGAAGCAAAUUGGGUAUAUCCCCAUUAAUGUUAGCAUCAAUGAAUGGCCACACAGCAGCUGUUAAACUACUGUUAGACAUGGGAAGUGACAUCAAUGCUCAGAUUGAGACUAACAGGAACACUGCCCUAACACUGGCAUGCUUUCAAGGGCGACAUGAAGUUGUGAACCUUUUGGUGGAAAGGAAGGCAAACAUUGAACACCGUGCAAAGACUGGUCUGACUCCUCUUAUGGAGGCUGCUUCUGGUGGGUAUGUGGAGGUGGGUAGAAUCCUCCUUGAUAAAGGAUGUGAUGUCAAUGCCCCUCCUGUUCCUUCCUCUCGAGACACAGCACUGACCAUAGCUGCUGAUAAGGGACAUUACAAAUUUUGUGACUUGUUGCUGUCACGGGGUGCAAUGGUAGAUGUGAAGAACAAGAAAGGAAAUUCACCACUUUGGUUGGCAGCAAAUGGUGGUCAUCUGGAAGUCUGUCAGCAGCUGUUUAGUUAUGGUGCUGAUGUUGAUAGUCAAGACAACAGGAAGGUAUCUGUCCUUAUGGCAGCAUUUAGAAAGGGCCACCUCAAAGUUAUUAAGUGGCUUGUUAAGCAUGUCCAUCAGUUCCCAUCAGACUCUGAAUGUACAAGAUUUGUUUCUACUCUUUCUGACAAGGAGCUCUUGAAUAAAUGUCACAAGAACAUGGAGAUUAUAAUUAGUGCUAAAGAUCGCCAGGCUGCUGAAGCCAACAAGAAUGCAUCCAUACUCUUGGAGCAGAUAGAUUUGGAGAAAGAACGAGAAGAGUUGAAGAAGGCAGCUGCUGCCAGAAAGAGGGACAAAAAGAAACAGAAAAAGAAGAAGAAGCUGCAGGCAGAAAAGGAGGCUGAAACAAAUGUGAAAAACAUGGCUGAAAAAGAAAACAGUGAUGAUAGCAGUGAGCCUGAGAGGAAGAUUUCAGCUGAAAACGGUGUAAAUGCAGGUGUCCUGCCCCCUCCACUGACCACCUCUGCAGUGAUUGAUAGCAACAGUGUCAGUGGUGUCAGAACAAGAAAGUCAUCAACAGGUUCCUUAGACACGCUCACUAGUAUUGCAAUCACUGCUGCUGUCACCACCACUUCAACUGGAAAGUCGAGCGAUGUAAUCAGUGUUAUGAAGACGGCGGAGAUCACCAAGGUAGUGGCAAGCACCAUCAUGACUCAGACCACCCCUCACAGUGCUUUGUCACCCAUCACUGUCGCCACUGCUGCAGCUCAAUGUCUCGCUGUUACUCUAACUACCACAACAGCUACUACGAAGAUGUCAACUUUACCGAGUCCAAAGAAGGGCAAAAAACACGAGGACGGCUGGAAGGAAGUUGUAAGAAGAUCUAAGAAAAUGUCUGUUUCAUCGUCUGUGAUAAGCCGUGUGAUUGGUCGUGGAGGGUGCAAUAUUAAUGCCAUCCGCGAAACAACCGGAGCCCACAUCGAUAUCGAUACCAAUCGACAGAAAACAACUGGCAGCUGUAUAGUUACUAUCAAGGGACCAGCCGAUGCAACUCGACAAGCGCACCAGCUCAUCUCAGCGCUUGUCAAGGAUCCCGAGUGUGAUAUUAAUGACGUUCUUCCUCGAAAAAAGCACCUUCAUUCUCAAAUUAGCCGUUCAGCUGUCGCUACAACAACAACAAUCACCACAUCAGUCACAUCCACAGUCUCUCAUCACAGAACCCUGUCUGAACCUAAACCUACCAACACGUCUUCCAAAGGCCCCUCUACGACACAGAUUGCGCAAACGAAAUCUACCACCAAAACGACAACAUCUGCUGGUCGUCAAAGUUUGUCUAGCUCUUGGCCAUCUACCAAUAGUGCCCCUGUGUCGCACCCUGCGGUAACCACAUCCGUUAGCACCACCACAGCCAAGAGCACUGUGACUACUUCAACUCACAUGCCGAGCACAGCACGAUGGGCGAGCACCACGCAAACUGCCUCUAGUACCAGCAAGAAGACACCGCUGGCUGCUGCUCAAGUAGCCGCGACAAGCUCGCUUACUGGCGCCGCUCCUGUGGCCUCGGCACCAGUCAGGAAGCCAUCAGGUGGAAACUCAAAUACAAGUAGUUCAUCUAGUUCUGGUGUGGCGAAGCCACCGACUCCAGCUAAGCGACAAUUGUUUCCAGAAACUCCAACUGAGCCAAUACCAAGGAAGAAUUCGGCAAGCAAAACAUCCAGGGUUGUUAAGGGUUCUCCUUCGUAUUCCUCUGUUGCCAUGGGAGUGACUGGGGGAUCAGGGAGCGGUGCACUUGAUAUAACGCCUACUGUCACAACAUCUUCCUCUUCCUCUGUGAUAAGCUCGGUGACCACUUCUCCAGGGUCUUCAAACCUUCCACCUGUCAUCAGCAACAUCCUAUCGCAUGUUGGCCAGACGUUCAGUCCCAGCGUAUGGAAUGACAUCGCGCAUCCUAGUGCCAGACCAUCCGUUGGUCCCGUGUCAGAACUAGAUAUUUCCUCUUCUGUGUCUCCAGCUGAUCCCAUCACACAGCCCUUGUACAUCACGACCCCUGGAGCUCUGUUUACCCCACUGCCUCACGAAGCGACGUCGUCCUCCCCGCCCCAUACCUCUGGCUCGCCAGUGCCGACCACAACACCGUCAACAUCAACCUCACCGAAUUCCUCGCCCUUAGGGACAUCCCUUGCUUCAGGAAACUCCUCUUUAGGAGAGACUGGGGAGAAACCAUCACUGAGGCCAAUUGGAACAGAGAGGGCGUCAAGAAGAGUGUCCGCCAGUCCACUUCCAUCCGUGCCUGGGAUAUCGCCGUUAAUAGGAACAGAGGGAACUCAAGUUGCUGGAGUUUGGAGUUAUUCAUAUACCCCAGAUUCCGCACUUUCAACGGGUUGGUCAGCUGCUCCGUCAGUCUCAACAGCGCCAGCGCCAUCCAUGAUCAGCGGCAAUACCUCCUUACCAGGCUCUGAUGAGGAACAAUUUGGUGUGAAUCCAGGGGAUACACUUCAAACAUUCUUGGAACGGCUUUCCCUCUCGAGCCAUCUCAGUCUUUUCCAGAAAAACGAAAUUGACCUGGAUGCUCUUCUGUUGAUGUCGGAAAAAGACUAUGCAGAUAUAGGCUUACCGAAGGGACCUCGAGUGAAGCUAUUGAACAGCACUCGGCAAAUUUACACUAGCGAAACCUCGGAGUUCAGUUCAGUUCCAGCUGGGGCCUCCCCCGGUUCAAGGCCAGUCGGUCGAAACGCUGGCUGGAAUCCUCCGGGGGGAAUCAUAGCGACCUCAUCGACAGCGACAACUGUGGCUCCUGGGGUUCCAUUUGGAGCGAAGAGGGCACCGGGUCGUAAAGUCGAUCCGAACAAAAGACAGGGGUGGAAAUCAUGGAGCCGGACUGCAGUUUAAAUUUAAGUGGGAUUACCAUAUAAACUUCGAUAUUGCUGAACUCUGGACAACAGAGGACUUGAAAACUAGACCAAACUUUAUUUUGGGUUAAUUGGAGCUAUAAGUGAUGAAUAAAUCUUAUGUUGAAUCAA